AUGUCGGCACACACGGUUAAGCGACGGAAGCUUAGUCCUUCUCCAGACAAUGGCACUUCUUCGUCUCACGCUAAUUCCUCGACCGACGCGAAACGGACAUCGAACAUGACCGACAAAAUGAAUCCCAAACGACAGGCAUCCCGAGGGAAAGAUGAGCGCUCCGCGGAGCUUGCAAUGGCCAGUGGCUUCUACAAAUCCAGCUUUUUCAAGCUGCAGAUGGAUGAACUGCUUACGGGAUUGAGACCCAACUACACUAAGCAAGUCUCAAAGCUCCAAGAAACCCUUCACCAAAUCAAGACCGCCAUCGAAAACGUGCCUGAGAAAGUUGCGCAAUCCGUGUCCGAUGCCGAGAAGGAGCUGCGUGCCUCUGGUAUAGUGGUCCCAUGGCCCGAGCCGCGCCCACACAAGGAUGUCAAGUAUACCAUGUCGUAUGCGAAACCAGCGAACAUUAACGUCGUAGGUAGUUUCGCUUUGAAGACUGGCGCUCGCACUUUGGAGUCGCGCCCCGUUGAUUUGGCUGUGACCAUGCCAAGUUCUCUCUUCCAGGAGAAGGACUAUGUCAAUUUCCGAUACUUUCAUAAGAGGGCUUACUACAUUGCGUCCGUGGCUGGUGGGAUUCAAGAGACCGUGGCUGCUCUUGGAUUCGAUGUCAAAUUUGCUCCUCAGGACGGAGACAGCCUUCGUCCCCUGCUCCUGUUGGAACCACGUCAAGCCGAGUCGUCUCAAAAGUCAAUUCGAAUUCUGCUUGCAAUCGAUCCUACAUUAUUUCCAAUCGCGCGAACACUCCCUAUGAAGAGCAACAUCCGACAGGGUUCUUCUACCAAUAGCUCUGAACCUGGUGAACCAACUUCGUUCUACAAUGCUAGCCUCCGUUCAGAUGCUGCCGUCUCUCUAUAUCACAAGUCUGUUCACUCGGCCUCAAAGAAGUGCGAAUCAUUCAGUGACGCAUGCAUUCUUGGUCGCACUUGGCUGCAGCAACGUGGCUUCCAUGCUGCUUUCCAAAAUGGAGGUUUUGGAGGCUUUGAAUGGACGGCGCUUUUGUCUCUCUUGUUUGAAGCAGGUGGCCCCUCUGGACAACCGGUCCUCUUGCCUUCAUACAGUUGUUACCAAAUUUUCAAAGCCACCAUUCAAUUUUUGGCUGGCAGAGAUUUGACUACUUCUCCUCUAUUUUUUGGCAAAGAGGUCCCACUUCCUUCCGGUGUCCCAGUCAUUUUCGAUGGCCGCAGUGGCUUGAACAUUCUCUACAAAAUGGGUCCUUGGUCUUAUGCGACAUUACGCCAUGAGGCCACCACAACCUUGAAAAUGCUGAACGAGAGCCGAGAGGACAAUUUCGACAAAGUUUUCAUUCUGAAGGUCGAUGAACCAGCUCUCAGAUUUGACCGCCUGGUCUCUUUCCCCAAGUCUUUCAACGGGGACACUCUUCGGGCUCUCCAUGAACAAACAACGCUGUGGCAGGUUCUCUCCAGGGCUUUGGGGGAUCGGGUAAAACUUGUCUCCCUCACCAGCCACUCCAUUGAUCCGUGGCCAGUCAAAUCCAAGCCAAACAAAAGAUCAAGCCAGGGUGUGUUCGUAGGACUUUUGCUUGAUGCUGACAAUGUUGGACGAAUUGUUGACCACGGUCCACCAGCAGAGGAGAAAGAGGAGUCCGCCUCAUUCCGGUCCUUCUGGGGUGAGAAAUCAGAGCUGCGUCGAUUCAAAGACGGCAGCAUCUUGGAGAGUCUUGUAUGGUCUGAUCAAUCAGAUGAGUCUAUCAUUUAUCAGAUUUUGGAGUAUAUCCUCCAACGGCAUUUCAAACUUACAACCGAAGAUUUCGGGUUCCUGGGCGAUGAGUAUGACCAGCAGCUCAAGAAGUCGGGUGAUGGCAUUUUGGCAUACUCUAGCCCUGCUUUCCAGUCAGUCAACGACGCUUUCAAAGAUCUAGAGCGAUCUAUUCGUGAUAUGGAAGAAGUUCCAUUGACUGUUCGUCAUUUGGCUCCGGCCAGUCCGCUCCUUCGAUAUACUGCAUUGAGACCGAACGGAGCCGCCGACGUUGUGCUUCAGUUUGAAAGUUCUUCCCGUUGGCCCGACGAUUUUGCGGCAAUUCAGAUGACCAAGGUUGCAUUCCUCCUCAAGAUCGGUGACUCUUUGGAAUCAUCCGGCGCAGCUUCUUCUUGUCGUGUUGGUUUGGAGAAUGAAUCGAGUAAGGUGGUCAACAAUGCAUACUUGGAUAUCCCUCACACUUCAGGAGUCUUGUUCCGCCUGAGAAUUCACCAUGACCGAGAGCAGGUAUUACUUGAGCGCAACCUCAAGGAUCGGUCUCUCAGUCCUCGAGAACGCGAAGAGGCUGCUUAUGCCCUCUUCGCUUACAAGAAGCUGUUUGUUCAAACUCCCCGUUUGACUCAGGCAUUGCGAAGCUUAUGUACUCGCUUCCCUCUGCUGUCGCCUACCAUCCGUCUCACCAAACAGUGGUUCAACUCCCACCUCUUCAAUGCCCAAAUCAGCGAAGAAUUGAUUGAAUUGUUAACUAUGCGAGCAUUCACUCAGCCUAACCCCUGGGAAUGCCCUUCGAGCGUCAUGACUGGAUUUUUGAGAACUCUUCAUUCCCUAUCCCGGUGGGACUGGCAACAGGAGCCGUUCAUCGUCGACCUAGGUGGAGAGCUGAGCCCAGCAGUGACCGAAAAUAUUCGCACUCGUUUCACUGCUUGGCGUAACAUUGACCCUGCGAUGAACAGCCUGGCCCUGUUUGUGGCCUCCGAUGUCGACCCCGAAGGUGUGACCUGGACACAAUAUGAGAUGCCCUCCAAGGUUGUGGCAGCACGGAUCUCCAGCUUGGCCAAGGCGGCAGUGAAUCUGCUGCGGACCAAGCCACACGAUAUGGAGGUCUCUGAUCUGUUUGAUACCUCCCUUGCCCCCUACGACUUUGUGAUUCAUCUCCGCCCAAAGCUGUUUGGCGGCCGUUCUUCGGUGACCAAAUUCAAGAAUUUGACAGAGCCCCGCUCUGGAAUGAUGUCAACCGUGAAGUCAUUUGUUCGAGAUGUGCAGGCCUGUUACAGUCAAAGUAUCCUGCUUUUCCACGGGGACGAGCGUUGUUCUGUCAUUGCUGGAAUCUGGAAUCCCCAGACUUUGAAGUCGCGGGAUUGGCACUUGAAAACAGCAUUCUCAACAGCCCCAGCAGUGGACUCCAAUACUCAGGUUUCGAUCAACCAACCUGCAAUUUUGAACGAAAUCGCUCGAUUGGGUCAUGGUCUCAUUGAAACCAUUGAAGUUCACGACGCUGCUGAAAAAUAA